AUGACCGGUACCGUUGUUUCCACCAAGAUGCACAGAACCAUCAUCAUCAGAAGAGACUACCUCCACUUUGUUCCAAAAUACAACAGAUACGAGAAGAGACACAAGAACGUCGCUGCUCACGUUUCCCCAGCUUUCCGUGUCCAGGAGGGUGAUGUUGUUGUUGUUGGCCAGUGCAGACCUUUGUCUAAGACCGUUAGAUUCAACGUCUUGAAGGUUGCUGUCUCUGCUUCCAAGCAAAAGCAAUUCUCCAAGUUCUAA